AUGGUUACUGUGCCACUUCACCCUUCUAGUCUUACUGCGAACGUCAUACUCCAAUAUCCCUUAUCACGCGGCUCAUCUCACAUCAAAAGCCAGGAUCCCGGGGAGCCCCCUUUGAUCGAUCCGAAUUAUUUGAUGCACCCAUUUGAUGCUUGGUUAUUGGCUCAGGGUGGAAAACAGAUUAGGAAAAUUAUGGCACAAGACGCAUUUAAGGAUAUUAUCUUGGACGAACAAUACCCUGGACCGUCUGUCCAAACCCAAGAGCAGUGGGAAGAGAGCAUCAGGAAGAGAGCGUCGACUUCGUAUCACCCAAUCGGAACUUGUUCGAUGCUGCCCCAGAGUGAAUCUGGGGUUGUCGAUCCCCAGCUGAGGGUAUACGGUACCCAAAAUUUAAGAGUCGUGGAUGCUAGUAUUUUGCCAGUCCAGCUUACCAGCCAUCCAGCAAUGACAGUCUAUGCAAUCGCAGAAAAAGCAGCUGAAAUGAUCCUGAACCAGUGA